AAACUAAGGAUGAUGGAGCAUUUAGUCGGCGAUGCUGUCUUCCUCUUGCACACAUUAUUGUAGCUCAAAAUGUAAUCUUGAGUGGCGUUUUAUCGUGGGAUUGCAUGAUGUUCGAAUGGCUUCUGCUGGACCUUAUUUCAAAAGCCAACUUCGCGUAUCGAUUUUUUCCAUAUCAG